UUAUGGCCACCUCAGUUAGAACCCACAUGCUCAUUUCUCACCACCACCGUCACCACCACUUCCACCACCGUCUCCGGCCGCCAUGCAAAGUGGAGCUGCCGGCGAAGAGUCAAACUCUGGUCUUCAUCAAAUCUUGGUUGAAAAAUUCUUCUCACUGGAAUCAAGUUAUAGGAAACUUGUGGAACAAUUCAAUUUGUUAUAUCAAGAAAAAAAUAAGAAAAGUAUUGUAAAUAUGGAUUCAGAUGAAAAAUUAACAGAUUUUUCAGGUGAAAUGGAGUUAUAUUCUGGAGUUUUCUUUAGUGGGAGUCCGUACAAGAACGUGUUGAAUUGCAUGGGUCAUGCAGUUCACGUUAAUAGAGCUGAUACUGGAGAAAUUAUUUACUGGAAUCGAUUUGCUGAAAGACUUUACGGUUAUAAAGAUCAUGAAAUACUUGGACAAAGGUCCACUGAACUGCUUAUCUGUGAAGAAUAUCAUGAACUGGCUAGGAUUUUCAUGGAAAAGUUGAGCUGUGGAGAAUCAUGGUCAGGUCUCUUUCCUUUUAAGAAGAGGUCCGGUCAGAUCUUUAUGGCAAUGGUGACGAAAAGCCCAUUGUACGAGGAUGGUGAGCUUUUUGGUGUUAUCACUGUUUCGAAUGACACGGCUUCAUUUAUUAAUGUAAACCCAAGGAACGCUAGCAUCCAUGAGGAUAAUAGUCAACCUGACGCACGAGGAAUAAAUUUCAAAAGGAUUCAAUGGCAGCCAAGGCCACAAAUUGCAUCGUCUGUUUCAAAUCUGGCCUCGAAAGUUUUCUCACUGAAGCGUGGAGAGGAUACGUGCAACACAUCUGGAGAUGCAAGGGACAGAGAUCAGGUGGAUUUAGAUGCCAAAGAAGGGAAACCGCUGAAGCCGCCCAGAGCACCUGCGGCACGGCUGAGUUUCAAUUUGCUUGGCGGGAAGAAUAAAGCUAAUGCAGAGAGCUCUGAGAAGGAUGAGUCUACAUUUGACAUUGCUCAGCCUUCCAAAAUCGCAGCAAAGGUUAUGUCAAAGCUGAACAUUGCAGGAUUUGGGCACCUUGGUAAAGAGAAGGGUCAACACAAUGGGGAUGACAAUACUCGUGUUAGAGAGGAUGUAGCUGAACCAUAUCCGCCCACAGCUUCAGACGCUAAAUCAAAUUGUUGUCACUUUGGUGAUGAACAUAUUUACCUCCAGAAAAACCAGAAAAGAACUUGUUUUGAUCCGGGACCAACGUGUGCCCCUACAACGGGGCAAGAUGUUGUAGAGGGUCCAAGUGGAACCUUCUCAAGGAACUCCAAGGAAUGUCCCGAGGCAUCUAAAAUUCCUGAGCAGUAUCCGGGAUCAUGUAUGAAUGAUGAAGAGCUUAAGCCACAGCUCAGAAAAUCAAAUCUCUCAGCGGUGGAAGAUUCAUCGCAGCAGCUUUUAGAAUGCCAGCAAUCACCAAAGUCAGGGGGGAGCGUUGAUAGCCGUGGAAGUUCAUCAAACAUAACUGAGAAUGAGUUAAGCUUGAUGGUAGAUUGUGAAAUCUUAUGGGAAGAUAUCAUCCUAAAGGAGGAAAUUGGACGAGGUUCAUAUGGUGUUGUAUAUCAUGGAAUCUGGAAUGGAUCGGAUGUUGCUGUUAAGGUUUAUUUCGGGAAUCAAUGCUGCGAUGAAACAUUGCUCGACUACAAAAAGGAGGUAUGUGAUACCUGUUGCGGAAGCCAAAUGUAUAUAGUGUGAAUAAGUCACAACUACUAUACCAAA